AUGUUACCGAAAAGAACAGCUGAUUCAGCAACAGAGAAACAUGGAUUUGAUGAAGCUAGAUGGGUCAUCAAUGUCGGGAAAUCUCUGGACGCAGAGCUCGAAGAACACGAUCUCGAACAAGUCACAGUCAGCAUUUCCGCUGUUCCCAAAGCAUUAAUGUGUAGCCAUCCAGAUUCAUACACACCUCACCGAGUUUCGAUCGGACCUUAUCACUGUCUGAAACCAGAGCUUCACGAAAUGGAGAGGUAUAAACUACUGAUCGCCAGAAAAAUUCGAAACCAAUCUAAAUCCUUCAAGUUUCACGAUCUUGUAGAGAAUAUUCAACCCAUGGAGAUAAAAAUUCGAGCUUGUUAUCAUAAGUACAUCGGGUUUAACGGCGAGACUCUGUUGUGGAUCAUGGCUGUAGAUUCGUCGUUCUUGAUCGAGUUUCUUAAGAUUUACAGUUUCAGAAAGGUGGAGACUUUGGUUAACAGAGUUGGGCAUAACGAGAUUCUUAGAGAUAUAAUGAUGAGCGAGAACCAAAUCCCGCUUUUUGUGUUGAGGAAGACACUCGAGUUUCAGCUUCAGUCGACGGAUUCAGCUGAUGAUCUGUUGGUCUCUGUUCUCACCGGAUUAUGCAGAGAUCUCUCUCCUCUCGUCAUCAAAUUCGACGACGAUGAGAUUUUGAAGGCUCGGUUACAUAACUUUAAUCAUAUCUUAGAUUUCUUGUAUCAGAUGAUCGUUCCACGAAUCGAGGCCGAAGAAGAAGAAGAGGAAGAAAAUAGAGGAGACGAUGGCGGAAACAGAACCUCGUUGCUUACGAAGCUUCCAACACUUCGGGGCCACUGGUGUUCACUCGUUACACAGAGCUGA